GUGAGAAGGGUAGAGAUCUCUUCUUGAUGUUCCAUUAAUAAAAAGUGGCAGGGAUAGAAUAGUUGCUUUCUUAACACACUGGGAAACCCCAUACAUGCAUCUAAAGACACGGCGACUGCUGGAUUAGAGCAGGAAGGGUGUGGUUUGAUCUGUCAGCUGGUUUAUGAGAAAUCACAUUGCGGCUGAUCUUCACUUAUGAACUGAAGAGGAAGAAGACUAGAAGCCCAGGUUAUGAAGACAUGAUGAGGAUGAGUCCACCAACUGUUCUUGGAAAUUCUACCUUCUUCAGCAUUCAGCAAAUGCCAUAAAACACGGUCAUGACAUCUACUAGAGGGGACUUUAGCACAUUUCGGUGGCUAUGCACCAUUAUCGGAUUUAUUUUCUAUCUAGGAGACAUUGGAUCCGAUCUCUUGUUAACCGUGCAAUAUUUCAGAGCCGGACAUCUCACCUGGGCUGCAUUGACUCUUGUGUUUAUACUGAGUGGAUCUUUAUGCAUACAGAUAUUCAGUUAUGCAUGGUUUAAUGAUGACAAAAGAGAUAAAGAAGAAGACAGCCUGUCCACUGGCCAUCUGAUUGGGAUACAUGUACUGCAGAUAGGCAUAAUUACAAGGUAUCUUGAUCUGAUAAAAAGAGGUUUUAAAGCCCUUUGGUUCAACCAAGUCCAGUCACGGCUUUUCGACUUCGCUACAGAUCUGAGCAUGCUCCGCUUGUUCGAAACGUUCCUUGAGAGCGUUCCUCAACUUGUUCUACAACUCUAUAUCAUCCUGGAGCACAACCAUCGCUCUACUCUGCAAUAUAUCAGCAUGGCUGUGUCUUUCCUCAACAUCGCCUGGUCCACAGUGGAUUAUCGCCGCUGUUUACGUCAUUCUCUACCUCACGUUAACGAGAUGCCUUGUGGAAUCCCCACAGUUGUGUAUCUACUCUACAAGGUAUUAACCAUAACUCCCCGAAUCCUCAGCCUCACCCUCUUCAUCAUGCUGUCCACUUUCAGCACUCUAGCAAUGGCCUUCAUAUGGCUGUUGGGAACCUUCUGGGCUUGUUUGGAAAAGACUGACUUCUGCACUUCACGAGUCCUUGAAUAUGUUUAUCGAGCCACUGUUGGAGUCAUCCUCAUCUUCACAUUCUUUAACAUUAAAGGAGAGAACACCAAAGUUCCCAUGACAACGUAUUACAUUUUCAGUGUGAGUCAAAACCUGGCAGCACCUAUUCUGUUGUGCCUUUUCAAACCAGAAUCUGAGGGGACUGAUUAUUUCUUGCCCAUAAUUUUAUUUAUAUUAAUGUCAAAUUCACUUGGACUGGGUUUUCUGGGAAUCUAUUACAGUCAUCUGCACCCUCGUAAGGUGGCUGAUGAGAUAGAUGGAAUGGAAAGAAAUGAGCAAAAGACAGAAAAAACACGUUUAAACAAUUUUUUUAAAAUAUAAUUGUCUUGCUUAUCAACUAAUGAACUGGACAACUGAAAAAAGCUGGCUAUUUAUAGUUAUUUAUAAAGACAUUAUAUGAUGGAAUUGAUAAUGUAGGAUCUGUUUAAAAUCUAUAAAAAUGUUUGAAAGCUGCCAAGGAAGAUAUCUGAUUUUACAGGUAUGAAACUGAACCUGUAAAAAUUAUGAAUAAAAUUUCUG